AUGUCUGCUCCCCAUCACAACGCGCUGCACUCGACGGGAAUUAUAGGUUCCCGCCGUUCCCGCGACAAUGCAAUAUGGCAACCUUCGGGGCCGGCUUUCGGGGACGCCAGUUUCUUGUCAGGCCGGCAGCAUGGAAGUCAACAUACUUCGCUCGCUAUCAAUCUCAGACGCACCGCCGCCGAUCUGGUGAAUCUUGCGCCUGAGCUCGACGCUAUUGUUACAGGCCUCUCAGAGACUCAUGAAGUAGUUGUGCCAGCGCUCAUUCAAGACCUCCAAAAUGCACGAAGCGACAUCGCUUAUCUGACCAAAUUGGUUCAUGAGCAACGCUACAUAAUAGAGGGCAGAGACCAGGAAAUCAGAAUCUUGUCGCAGAAACUUUCUAGCUCGCAAACUCUGGUUGCCGAUCAGACAAACGGCAAUCCUGCGGCUUCGCCAAGUACGGCAACUAGCCGCACUUCUUCAAAGGAAGAUUGUAAAGCAGGUUUGUAA